AUGAGGCAGCCUGACAUGGGCUCAUAUGUGGACAAUUGCUACUCAGUGGCUAAGUUCCAAGCAGCUUAUGCUGGAAUAAUACCAAGCAUAACUGAUAGGAAUCAGUGGCCUGAAGAUAAGAAGGGCUACAAAGUGCAUGCUCCAGUACAGAAAGAGAAGAAGAAAAAGCCUGGAAGGUUGAGGAUAAAUAGGAUUAAACCAGCAAGUGAGACAGGAGGCAGAGCUACUAGGCAAGUGCAGUGCCCAAACUGUAAGGAGAAAAGAACUAAGAAGAAGAUUGCCAAGGUUGGGAGGAAGAAGACCAAGACAAGUGCAGAUGGUGAUGAUGCACCCACUCCAAGGACAAGGGGAGCACUGGCUAGGGAGGCAGCAGAAAGAGCAAGGAGGGAUGCAGAAGAAGCUGAACUACUUGCAGCAGCAGCAAGGGAAAAGGCAGAAGCAGCAGCUAGGGAAUUAGCUGAGGCUACUACAAAUGAAUAUGAAGCAGCAUUUGAAGAAGAAGCAGGGCUGUCACUGAUCCCUUUAGCCACUGUUGCCCCAGAUCCAUCUAUAGCUGCAGCAACAGCAAGAAGGGCACUUUUCCUAGAAGAAGAGCUACAUGCUGGACCUGUGAAGAAAAUGACACCCAAAAAGAAGAAGUUGGCAACCAAAGCGAAGAAAACUCUACCAGCUAAGAAGAAAGGAGGCAAUUGGAAUGGCAAGGGCAAGGGCAGGGCCAAGUGA